AAAGCGGUGAACUUGUCCAAAUCGGCCGCCAUGCGCCGUCGACGUUGGGCGUUGACAUUCCCAUUGCUGCCCUUGGGUGCUUGCUGGCUGGGCACCAGGUGGCCAACUAUUGCCACGGCGCGCGAGGCGCGCGAGGCACGCGGCCUGGGCGGUGCUCAUGUGCGCCGGGCCGGGCCCAGGGCGAGCUCCGUGGACGCGAGUUCUCCUGUGGAGACCGUCGGCCGCUGGUUCAACCAGACCUGGGAAUUCUUCGAUGUGACUUGUUCCCAAUGGAAGAGAACCAAGGGCAGGGCAACGUGUGGUGAGUUUACAGGGUGGUAUGAAUUCGAUAUGAGGAGUUAAGUCUUGUUUGAGAUUCACCGAAAGUGAGUUCUUGCUGUGAGAAUGGUCCAGUUUGAGAUGAGCAUACUGAUCAUGUCCAUUGGCAGUGGCACAGGUGUUCGUUGCUGUUGAGGUACAUACAGUGUAUAUAUAUAUAUAACAACCAACUUGUGAUUACAGAAACCUGCGCAGCCGGGACAAGCAUCAAGUGCCAAGUCUACUCGGGUCGUUUGUUUCUCGUUGCUUUUGUUUCAAAGAACAAUAUCAAAGACACCACAUGGAAGCAUGAGAACUUUCUCCCACAACGUUCCUUGUCAAGGUAAAUGAUCGGUAAAUGUAUCCAUCAUCAAAAGCGCCCCUCGUCCCCGAGGCACUGGAGAUUUGGAACGCGCCCAGUUUGCAGGAAGACAAGCGGCCGGAGGCCGUGGAGCUGGCGUCGCUGGUGGAGCAGAUGCUCACCCUGACGAUGCUCAACGCAAAACGCAAGUGGUCGUGGUCGGAUCGGGCAGGAGGAUGUGGAACAUAGGGAGACCAGAAUGAUUUGAAACGUCUCUAUGUUCCUGGUUUAACUUUCCAGGACACAUGACAAGCAAAUUAAAUUCCUGAACUUGCUAUGUGGACAAUCACUGCUUUGAACCUCAAGUUGGUCUUCAUGUUGACUCGAUGGUGGGAUCGAGUCUCUUGAUGGACAAAAAGCGUGAGCCUUGCUGCUGAAUUCAAUCAAAUUGCUGGCUUAUUGAGCAAAGGAUGUUGGUCAUCAUUGGAAAGUGCGGCUAAUGAUCGGAUGUAAAAAACAUACAAACAUGCUGC